AUGGAUGAUUUCUCAAAGCAAACAGCUACUCACAGCACUGGUGCUCCUUCUUCAAGUCAAGAAUUUGUGGGAUACAUACAUAAUGUUUCUGCUGUGUAUAACGAAAAGUUUUUUCAAUGCCAGUUGCAAGGGAGGGAUGAAUCAGUUACCCGAGCCGUGUGCUUCUCACCAAGUAAGCGCAAGAUUUUUGCAGACUUUCAGGACAAGAAGAGCCCCAUAAAAAUUAAAAGGUUCAAAGUAGACACCAAUGCAAACACCAGUGAUCUGUUGAUGGGACAUGAUGUCAUAGUCGAACACUAUCCAGAACUGGACUUCCAAAGAUCACAAAUACAAUCUUCAACCACCCUUUUGUCAGUCAAAUCUGUUCGAGUUGGCCAGCAUAUAACUGUAAAGGCCAAACUAACCAACAUGUCCAAACAGCAAAAAGCAGGAGAUUUAACUCUUGUGAACUGUAUUCUGCUUGACCCUACAGCUUCAAUGAAAAUGGUAUUGUGGGAGAAUUUUAUUAACCAAGUGGAAAACAACCGAACAUAUAUCUUCCACAAUGUAACUGUAACGAAAGGACAAAUACAAUGAAACCAUUUACUUAAACACUGCUAAAUAUGGCACUGAAAUCAGACUCACAGAAGAUUUUACUGAAAUCCUAGCUGUGCCACUAACUCAGGACACUACACAAUUUGUAUCCACAACCGUCGAAGGAGAAAUAAUGGGAAUAGUUUCCAUCAACUCGUACUUCUCUUGCUUUAAGUGUAAAAAGAAACUAGAGCAAUCUACUGGAGCAGCAUAUUUGGAGUGCAAAAAUUGUCACAUGAAGCAAAAACUUAAACCUGCAUCUCAACACUGGUAUGCUCAGGUAAUGGUACAGUUCUCUGAUGAGAAGUCCCUAGAACUAACAUUGUUUGAGGAGCCAAUCAAGCAGAUACUGGCAAUUCAAAACCAAAAAGCCAGCCAACAUUAA